GGCUUGCUGCGCGAGCUUCUCUGCUACAAGAUCAUAGCAGCCACCGCAUCGCGGCGCCGCGGCGCCCAACACCUCAUGGAGCUGCACGGGAUUCUGCAGGACGACAAGCAGAUCUACCACAUCAUGCCUCUCAUGCACUGUGACCUGCUCAGCGUCAUCAACGGGCCAUGCGACAGGGCGCUGACCCGGCGCUGGGUCGCGCAGCUGGCUCUGGGCAUUGAUGCCCUGCACCGCAUGGGCAUCAUUCAUAGGGACAUCAAACCGGAGAACGUGCUGUUGGAUGGCCCGGACGGCAACGUCCGCCUCACAGACUUCAACACGGCGUUCGUGAGCCCCUCGAACGAGCCGCUCGAGGAGGGCUCGGUGUAUGCGCAGCAGAAGACGGGCAGCGAGCCGUACAUGGCCUGGGAGGUCUCGCAGCACAGGUGGUAUGGGAAGAUGUGCGAUUGGUGGUCGCUCGGAUGCCUGAUGUACGACUUGGUCACUGGCAAGCUGCUCUUCAAAAAUGAGAGCAAGGUUGCAAAGUACGUCGCGUGGGACGCCAGAGCGGAGGGCAGAUCCUACAUCACCCGCACCUGCCACCUCUCCAAGGAGGAAGAGAGCGUGAUGAACGGGCUCCUCGCCAUCUCGCCCUGCUUCCGCUGGCAGCUCCGCAACCUGCGGCAUCACACGUACUUCCUCGACGAC